CUUCCGGGCACACCGUCCACCGCUAGCUCGUCGAAAUCAAAAUGUAUGAAGUGGAUAUUUUCCGCGCUUCAAGAUAGUGCAAUAAUUUAUGACGACUUCUGCUGUUUUAACAACAACAAAAAAUUGGUCGUGUGCAUUUACUACUAUCCGGGUUGUUUCGUUAGCUAGCUAGCUAGCUAGCUGGAAAACAAGAGUUGCGAUCUUCGUGAAAGGCACUUUCUUACCGCUUGUUAAAGAAGAUGUCUGCGGAAGAGGCGGCAGACAACACAACCCCGGCGGACGCGAGUGCGGGAGAUGGCGGCGGAGACGAGGAAGAAGAGUGGCUCUACGGAGAUGAUGAUGAGAGAGCUGAUGAAGAAGAGGCCAAACUAACCGCUGCUGUCAGUGCACCUGUUCCUGCUACGGAGUCAGAUGAGGCAGCUGCUACAGGCAACGGAGUGGAAGCUCAGGAGAAGGAGCCAGGAGAUGAUGACGACAGUGAUAGCGACAGUGACGAUGAUGACGAUGAUGUUCGCGUCACCAUCGGAGACAUCAAGACCGGAGCUCCACAGUACACAACGUAUGGAGUGGCUCCUGUUAACCUGAACAUAAAGACAGCGGGAGCCAGACCCUAUGGAACAGUAGGGAACAAGUUAAAGGGUGUGGAUCUGGAGGCCCCGGGCAACAUCAAUGGAGUCCCAGUGGUGGAGGUGGACAUGGAGACAUUCGAGGAGAAACCCUGGAGGAAACCAGGUGCUGACCUGUCUGACUACUUUAACUAUGGGUUCAACGAGGACACGUGGAAGGGCUACUGUGACAAACAGAAGAGGCUGAGGAUGGGCCUGGAGGUCGUUAACAUCUCCUCCACCACCAGCAAAAUCACUGUUCAGCAGGGCAGGACAGGGAAUGAGAAGGAAGUGAGUUUACCCAUCCACACGUCCAAACCUGACUUCCCCACUCCAGCCAGUCUCUACAAGUCAUCCAUGAACAUGAACACUACCAGGAUCUCCCCCCCACAGUGGACUGCUCCCCCCGUCCAGGACAUGUCCUACUAUACGAAGACCAGCGGUACAAUCGACGUGAUUGGAGGAGGGACUGCUACCAUCAGCAGAGUGGAGGGACGACGAAGACACAACCUGGAGGGAAAUAACAUCCAGGUGAUUUCGGAACACUCGUCGUCGGACGCUGAGCCAAACCCCAACAAGAUGCCCCCCUUCUUCCCCCCUGGCCCCCUCCCCCCUAACAUCCCUCCUCCUCCAUUCCUCCCCCCUCCUCCCAACGUCAGCCAGGCUCCACCUCUCAUCCCCCCACCAAGAAUACCUAUGAAUGUCCCUCCUCCUGGUUUCCCUCCUCCCAGCGGCCCCCCUCCGUCUCUCAUCCCCACCUUGGACAGCAGUGGGCAUCCAGGUGGAUAUGAUGUCCGUCCCGUUCCACCAUACCCCUUCCCCACAGGUGGUUUCCCUCCUCCUAUGACAGGUGGCUACCCUCCUCCUAUGCCAGGUGUGGUGUCUCCAUGGCCUCCUAUGAUGGACCAGUCUAAACAGUGGGACUACUACCCUCCAGGACCGGGACCGGGACCAGGACCCAGACGGGAGGACAAGAGGGAGAAGGAGAGAGAGAGACCCAGGGAGAGACCACAUGAGAGGGAGAGAGAGAGAGAGCACAGCCCCUCCACAAUGGCUUACAACAGUGACGAGGAGCGGUACCGCGGUUACCGGGAGUACCAGGCGGAGCGUGGCUACAGCGGCGGUGACCGUGGAGGAGGUGACCGUGGAGGGGGGGAGCGUGGAGGCGUAGACCGCGGAGGUGACCGUGGAGGUGGGGAGCGUGGCGGUGACCGUGGCAGUGGUGGUGAGCGUGGUGGUGGAGGCGGGGAGCGUCACAGAGAGAGGUCGAGCCGUGAGAAGGAGGAGAGACACAGAGAGAGAAGACACAGAGAGAAGGAGGAGGGGAGACACAAGUCAUCACGCAGUAGCAGCAGGAGGAGACAUGAUAGUGAAGAAGGAGACGGUCACAGGAGACACAAACACAAGAAGAGCAAGAGAAGCAAGGAGGGCAAGGAACCUAGUGAUGACAUGGGAGGAGACCAGGAGAACCAGGACACCAUGGAGUGAUGAAGACAACAUCCUCCUCUCCCUCUCCUCAUCUCUCUCUCUCUCCCUCUCUACGUCCCUCCAUCUGUCUCUCUCUCUCUCUGUUUCCCUCUCUACGUCCCUCCAUCUGUCUCUCUCUCUCUCUGUUUCCCUCUCUACGUCCCUCCAUCUGUCUCUCUCUCUCUCUGUUUCCCUCUCUACGUCCCUCCAUCUGUCUCUCUCCCUCUGUUUCCCUCUAUACGUCCCUCCAUCUUUCUCUCUCUCCCUCUGUUUCCCUCUAUACGUCCCUCCAUCUGUCUCUCUCGCCCUCUGUUUCCCUCUAUACGCCCCUCCAUCUUUCUCUCUCUCCUCUCCCUCUCCUCAUCUCUCUCUCUCUCUGUUUCCCUCUAUACGUCCCUCCAUCUGUCUCUCUCUCCCUCUGUUUCCCUCUAUACACCCCUCCAUCUGUCUCUCUCUCCCUCUGUUUCCCUCUAUACGCCCCUCCAUCUGUCUCUCUCUCCCUCUGUUUCCCUCUCUACGCCCCUCCAUCUGUCUCUCUCUCCCUCUGUUUCCCUCUCUACGUCCCUCCCUCUGUCUCUCUCUCCUCUCCCUCUCCUCAUCUGUCUCUCCUGUUUCCCUCUACGUCCCUCCAUCUGUCUCUCUCUCCCUCUGUUUCCCUCUGUCCCUCCAUCUUUCUCUCUCUCCUCUCCCUCUCCUCAUCUGUCUCUCCUGUUUCCCUCUCUACGUCCCUCCAUCUUUCUCUCUCUCCUCUCCCUCAGAGCACUGUUGUAGUUGAUCAUGCUCAGAGAUCGUUGUUUACCCGUUCCCUUCGUAGUCAUGACGAUCAUAAACAACCCUCAUCUUCUGUCAUUUAUUUUCUUAACCAAACACCUCGCUGAAAGAUGUCAAUUUGUUGAAUUAAAAAACAAGCUUUUGAUAA